ACAUUUGCAGAGAGAAUGGGUCGUUACGCAAUUGAACCUGAUAAUGCCACGAAGAGCGCAAAGGCCAGGGGAACCAACCUUAGGGUUCACUUCAAGAAUACCCGCGAGACAGCUCAGGCUAUCAAGAAGAUGCCCCUCAACAGGGCCAAGAUGUACUUAAAGAACGUCAUUGCCAAGAAGGAGAUCGUCCCCUUUAGAAGGUUUAUGGGCGGAGUAGGUCGCCACGCCCAGGCUGCUGUCCAUGGAACUUGCCAGGGACGUUGGCCCCUCAAGUCUGCCGAGUUCCUCCUCCAUAUGUUGAAGAACGCAGAGAGCAAUGCUGAAUACAAGGGACUAGAUGCUGAUCAUCUGGUCAUUGAUCAUAUUCAGGUGAACCGUGCUCCUAAGAUGAGGCGUAGAACCUACAGAGCUCAUGGUAGGAUCAACCCCUACAUGUCCUCUCCCUGCCACAUCGAGCUCUCCCUCGUAGAGAAGGAGCAGACCUAUGCUCGUGCUGACAACGAACCAGAGAAGAAGAAGGUUAGUAAGAAGAAGAUGCAGAAGCAGAAGAUGGCCGCGAGCAGGAGCGAGGGAGGCAUGUAAAUCAAUGUGUUCAACUCUCUUCCUUCAAUAAAGCGUUACAACCUCAA